GGCGCGUAGACCAGCAGUGUCUAUUUAGACGCGCGCCCACAUACACGGGACUGGCUAUACGCAACUCCUGAAAAAGAAGAAAUUAAAAAAUAUAUAUAUUAUUUAAAUAUGCAAUAUGGUUCUCUAUGAUUUGUUCUUGAAUUUACAUUUUGGUGAAAAUGAAAUUGUAUUCGGCCAGUGCGAAAAGUUUUUGAAAGUUACUUUGUGAAGUGUUACGCUGAUAUAAUUAUACUUAGAUAAAUAAACAUUAAGUCAUCAAUAAAAAUUGCUUUACAAUGAUAAACUUCUUUAAGUUAACUUAAUAGUGAUGUACAAGUGUUCAUUUCAAACUUAAUUAAUCCAACUGUCCAGUUGUACCAGUACAACGACUAAAAGUUCGUCCAAAAAAGAGGUGUGGAGGAGCAGCCUCCUGGUACGAUGCUGGACGAGCUGAACCCCACAUCAGCGUCCAACCGGUCCACAGAGUACGUGAGCGACCAGCAGAACAUCUACGUCACAUUCUACGAUGAAGUCAACAGGGUUUAUGUUAACCACACUCAGAAUUUUACUGAGCCUUACCAGUCCUUCAUCCUGCCAUGGUGGCGGCAGGUGCUGUGGACGGUGCUGUUCGCGGGCAUGGUGGUGGUGGCCACCGUGGGCAACCUGGUGGUCAUCUGGAUAGUGCUGGCCAAUAAGAGGAUGAGGAGCGUCACUAAUUACUUCUUAGUAAACCUGUCAGUAGCAGAUGCUAUGGUUUCCACCCUGAACGUGACCUUCAACUUUACAUACAUGCUGUACUCCGACUGGCCCUUCGGCCACUUCUACUGCAAGUUCUGUCAGUUCAUCGCAGUUCUCAGUAUAUCGGCAUCGGUCUUCACUCUCAUGGCUAUCAGUAUAGACAGAUACGUGGCCAUAAUGAGCCCACUACGGCCACGGCUGGGCAAGCGGGCGACGCUGGGCAUAGCGGCGGCGAUCUGGGCAGGCAGCUCGGUCAUCAGCAGCCCGAACCUGUUGUAUUUCACCACGGACACUACUAUAUUACCCGACGGUAGCACGAGACGCGUCUGCUUCCCGGAUUGGCCCGACGGAAUUACAACGAGGUCCCAGCACGAAUAUGUAUACAACGUUUCAUUCAUGGUGUUGACGUACUUCCUGCCGAUCAUCUCCAUGACCUACACGUACGCGAGGGUGGGUGUCGAGCUCUGGGGCUCGCAGUCCAUAGGGGAGUGCACGCAAAGGCAGCUGGACAAUGUCAAGAGCAAACGAAGGGUAGUGAAAAUGAUGAUAGUUGUCGUCGUGAUCUUCGCGGUGUGCUGGCUCCCCUUCCACGUUUACUUCGUGGUGACGUCAUACUACCCUGACGUCGUCAACUACCCGCACAUACAAGAGAUCUACCUCGGGUUCUAUUGGCUAGCUAUGAGCAACUCCAUGUAUAACCCAAUUAUUUACUGUUGGAUGAACUCGAAGUUUAGACGUGGGUUCAAGCAGUUCUUCUGGUGUUGUGGUGCGUUUGGAGGAGGUGGUCUAAGCAGGCAUAGGCCAUUUGGAGCUGAUCGUAUGGACAGAUCCGUUCGCUCGAUUUCUCCCUCCAGGAAGAAUGGUACAAGUAUAUUCAAGGUGACCACCAAAACGACAAAAUUCAUCAAAAAGCCACCCGGCUCCCCCCACUUGCUGCAUGCAAAUAAAAUUCACAAGCACGAUCCGAAUCUCGAUGCAUAGCACGUACAACAACACGUUGAUGAGCAGCGCCUGACAGCGGCGUGGCACGUCGGCACCGCAUAACGAAUGCGGAGCGAAUGACGUGCACACGGGAGUUGAACGCACAUGGAUAUGACGCGCGUCCCGCACCCCGCGCGUCCCCCC